GAAGAUCAAAGAACGGUUCAAGCGCACAAGAGCGAAGAAUUGCCAAAUUUGCUUGCUGUCCUGGCGUCACAGGAGGGCUAGUAAAAACGUUGCGAAUGGGAUGGUGACAAGACAAUUCUCUGUGAUCAUCGGUGCGAUGGCGUAUUAUCUGCAACUGCUGUGCUUCUUAGCAACUGUCCCAGACGGAAUUCCGGCGACAACUUUCAUCAGCCUUUCAGUGGAGAUAGGCCAAAGUGCCCAUCUCCGCGUGCCUUACUCGGACGUCAACCCAAAAUGUGACCUGAUAGCGGCUGUCUGGUCUCGUCGUGACAGUGAACACAUCCUGUUCAGUGUGACAAAGGCCAAUGAUACCACGUACGGUGAGGAUAUUGGGACUGUCAGAGGAAGAGUGGACAGUGAGAUCACGCCGGAUGAAGUUGUGUUCACCAUUCGAAAUGUUACCUGCGCUGAUGAAUGGCGUUACGAAUGCAAGGUAUACUGCACUCAUCGAACCACCUUAGAAUACGAAGUGAACUUGACUGUAAAAGAAAACCCCGGACAACCGUAUAUAGAAUGGCAACUCCGCAACGAGUCCGGCCAAGUGGAUAUAUACUGCGCAGCUGAUGUUGUGUGGCCUGCGAAGCAAAUCGAAUGGGAAAGCCGCUACAGAGGCACCGUGACACGUGACAAGUCCCCGGGAUGUCCACCACGUGAGGUCAGCAUUUUCACAACCACUCUAUACGCAGAGGAAGAUGGCACCGAGUUCUUCUGCCGUGUUGGAGAAAGAAAAGUCUCAAUGGUCUUUGAAACGGCGCAGAAGCCGCGCAUAUCUAUAGUAUCAGUACACGGGAAUGUGUCAGGGAAUAUUCCAAGUGGCAAACUCCGUCUGGGAGAAGGGGCAGAGGUUACACUCACGUGCACAUCUGAAGGAAACCCGCCACCUAUUUAUAAAUGGAAAUUCAGUCCAACUUCAUCCGCUUCCCAUCAAGAAAAGUUUAUCCAACUUUCCUGGAAUACGACUGCUAUUGUUGUACGACAUUCCAAAGAAUCAGAAGAUGGAUUUUAUAUAUGCGAAGCCCUGAACUCUUUCACACAAGUCGCAGAUGUGAAGAGAGCGUCCCUACUGAUAAACAUGACUCGCAUGACUGGUAGGACAAUGGCACUGAGAGAUUCUAGUUCAAUGUCACUAAAAGAACGAAUCAGAGAGAUAGCAGUAAGCAGCGCAGUGGGUUUCCUCGUCUUGAUAGCUAUCUUGGCUAUCUUGGUUGCUGUUUUGUGUCACUGCAAAAAAACGAGGGCCCGCCAAGUAGGAACAAGGAAUUUGUUACUGAAUGUAGUUGAAUAUCGCAAUGGACAAGAAAGUAUUCCAGAUGCAAACACAUUCUCAUAUAUGCUUCCCGUGUCUCGGUCUGAUGAAUGCGAAGUGCUCCGUAAACCAAAACCAGCAGCACCCCAUAAGCAUUCUACAGUGGGCCACAUCAAUAAUUCCCUCUAUGUCCUGUCGUCCAAUUCACGGGUGGAGUUAUUGAAUGAACUGGGCAAUGGUUUCUAUGGAACAGUGUACAAAGCCUUAAUGAAAAUCCCUCAAGGGGGAGUUCAGGUCGUCGCAGCAAAACUUUGCACGGGAGGCAUUGGCCUGCAGGACAUGGAACUGGAGUUCAUGCGGGAAGCAGAAACAAUGCAGAUGGUGCCAAAACACCCAAACGUGGUAGACUACAUUGGAUACGUACAACGAGACAACGGAUGUGGACCAUCAAUGAUUCUCUUGGAGUAUGCCUCAAACGGCGAUCUACUGACGAUACUGCGGAGCAUGCGCCACAAUACCCUUCAACCGCAUGAUAUGUUAUCCUUCGCACUCCAAGUAGCCCAGGGCAUGGAACACAUCUCUAAGUUCAAUUUGCUUCACCGAGACCUGGCUGCCCGUAACGUCUUGGUGUUUCCUGGUAAAACGUGUAAGAUAUCCGACUUCGGCCAGGCACGCUACAUGGCGCGGAGUAGAGGAGAAUAUGAACGCAGGUCCGCAGGACCACUUCCGAUCCGCUGGAUGGCGCCAGAGUCGAUCACAAAUAAUACAUACACCACAAAGAGUGAUGUGUGGGCAUUUGGGAUUCUAAUGUGGGAAAUCGUUACAUUGGGUGCUGUCCCCUAUAGUGGCUAUGGUGGGGAGGAAGUCGUUACCUUGGUGACAGAGGGGCGCUCAGAGGCCUUAUUGGAUUUCCCGGCAGAUUGCAAUCCAGCAAUAGCACGACUGGCGAGAGAAUGUUGGACAAGGGUGCCACGUGAUCGCCCGGACUUUUCGUCAUUGGCUGCUUCAUUGUCGGCGCUUAAUGUCGGUGGGAACACUUACAUACACAUGCAGCCUGCCAAACCACAAACCAGAAACGAGUAUGAAAAUUACACCAGCGAAACACGUAUAAAAUGUUAAGUCGUCUUGACUAAAACGCUUCCUCCGGAAUGAGAGACUAUUUCCAAGUCAGUUGCAUUGAAUACAUGGUCUUUAUAUGGAUCAAGACACACUGGGCUUACUUAUUUCUUGUUAGAACAAUACACCCUUGUACAGAUAUAGCCGAUUAAAAAACCUACGAUUGAGGACUUAGCUACCAACUGAAAUGAUUGUGCAGCACUAUAUAAAAAAUUCUUACUCAAGAGUUUCACGCUGUUUUAACCUGU